AUGCCCUUGAAUACUACGACAAGUCCAGUCUCUGCCUCUGCCUCUGCCUCUGCACCUGCCUCGUCUUCACCCACGCCUCCGCCCACUGCCGUCUUUGCUGAAGCCCGCCCGCGCAGCACCGGCACCGCCCACGAGCAGCACCAGCACACGCACGAGCAAGAGCAGACGGAGCCCUUCGCCUCCACGCCCGCUGCCUCCACCGCUUCGGACCCUCUGUCUACCAGCACGCCGGUCCUGACCCCAGCGCCUGCUCUCGCUGCCCGACCCAGCGUCCACAGCCGCCGUUUGACCUUCUCACGCUUCCCGCUGCUUAGAAAAGGCAGCAGAGAGCUCGGCCGCGCCCCCUCCUACUCCAAGGGCACCACCACCAGCCCCUCACCAUCGCUGCCACAGUCGUUCCUGCCCUCGUCUCUCACGCCCCGCGCCUCCAUCACUACGCUGCGUGGCUCCUCGCCCAUUUCCAAGUCUCCCAUUGACGGCCACGAGGCACUCGCCGCCGAAGAGGUGGACAAUAGCACCAGCGCGGCGCCCGCACCAAGGAAAACGAAAUCAGACAAAAUGCACCAGACCAGCUCGCGGUUACUGCGCAUGACCGACGAUGAGCGGCCAUAUACCAGGGACUUCAAGGACCUGUUCGCCACCCUCAUGGUCUCUCUGCCGCUCACCCCGCACCGCGUCCGUUUCCGCAUGAUCGAAUUCACCUUCACAAGCGACGAGGCCGUCACGAACCUGGGCUCGCUCAAGUUCUCCCAGUCAAAUCGCAUGCCAGAUCCCAAGGACUCAUCCCGCGUUGUAACCACGACUACCACGACCACUUUCUCCAUGGCCAAGGAAAUGGCCCGUUCUGUGUGUCAAAAGUUCCUUGAAGCCAAAUUCGUCGAGUCAGUCGAAGGAAAGACGGAUUUCACAAACAAGAGCUCGGUUUGGCAACUCACACCAAAGGGCAUCCACAUCCUCGAGCGUUUCUGCACCCGCAAUGGCAUUCAAUCAGCACACGUCAAGGCUGUGAUCGACUCUAACCGCAACCCACAUCAACUCGUCAUUCUCGAGCGCAACUCUGAAACUGACUCGCUGCAUCACGAUGAGCAGACGAUCCAGAUUAUCUUCCGCCGAUUCGUUGGGGUGACCGCGAACGAGACACAUUCAGAUUCCGACUCUGUUCACGAAUUCUCCACCUGCCACGUAGGUGUCAAGAUGGCAAAGAACCGCAAGUCCGCUUCCCGCCCUUGGGAGUACUCCUUCAACGGGCGCAACGCGGCGCAGUGGCUCAUGGACUGCUCCUCGCUUGUUGAUCCUAGUGAGGCCAUUGAAAUAGGCUCACUCUUCCUUCAGCUGAAGCUGAUCGCGCCUGUCGACCCGCGCAACUCAGAGAACAACUUCCAGGCUGUCAAGCACGUAAUCUACUAUAUCACCGACCAUGGCGAACAUGUUGCUGGUUGGACCGCAGAUCUUGCUCCAACAGGCGGAGAUGCCCUCCCAUCAAAGUCGCGGGAAGGCCAUGCCCGUGAUUCCAACAGCAACCGUACAAAUGUCAUCAUCCGCAACCCCUCGUGGCGUCUCCUCUACCGCGAGUUCUUGAAGGAAACCAUGUGCGAAGAGAACUUGUCCUUCUACCUCGAGGUCCAAGAAUUCGAGCGUCAGUAUAGGGCCGCCAUUAGCGAAAAGGGCGAAAACAAGGUCGAGACGAUUCGUGAGACAUUGGCUGCUGCUUAUGGUUUGUACAACGCAUUCCUGGCCCCUGGCUCACCUAACGAACUCAACAUCGACCACGCGUUGCGCACUCAGCUGGCUACCCGUAUGACGCGCGCUGUUGGCGACGACGCGGCUAUGCUGCAGAGCUUGAACGAAGUUGCAUCCCUCUUCGAGAAGGCCCAGACUUCCAUUUUCAAGCUUAUGUCAAGUGAUUCCGUACCCAAGUUCAUCAAGCACCCUAGAUACGCACCCCAGCUCAAGGGUCUCGACCAAGCCGCUGCAUCCGCAUAUGUUGCUCCUACCACCACAUCUCGGUCAUGA